GGGAUAAGAAAAUCGGAGUUCUCAUUCUUCGUAAACGUUAAAUCAACGACUCUUUCUUCGUCUUGAUAAUCAAAAAAGCUGUCGCUGAAGGAGAAUCGGUAUUGUCUGGUAACGGCGUGCACGUGUGUCGGUAGCGCGCUCCACCGGAGGCGGCAGCGGCGUCUCCUGGCUGAGAUGCUUCAGAGUGCGUGAGAGGAAACACGCGGAGGAUUUCUCUCCAGCACCGGGAUUGAGCUGCGUUCACGCCUGCACAUCCCGUGCCUUCAGCCGGAUCAGUCACCACUGGACUGCGUCGUGAGGCAGUAAGAAACCAUCAGAGCUAAGCUGCAGCGGCAAAACAGUAGCCUAGUUGUGGAUCAGACUGGAUGAGCCUGUGUGUUCAUCCAGCCGCUGAUCCAUCCCCUGCUCUCUGGGUCGCAGAAAAGGAUCUGAUGAGACAGGAGAGAAAGGACCACCCGCUAUGGCGAGUGCUGGUGCAGCCGCUGAAGGUGCCGAGCAGAACCAUCUGAACGUCCCCAUUUCUGAUCAUGGACCAUGGGCAACUGCAAUGAACAACUUGGGGAUCAUGCCUGUGGGCAUUAGUGGACACCAGCUGGUUUCAGACUCUCUGUGUAUACAGAGAUAUGACCCCAGUCUGGGCCUCAUCGCACCCAUAAACCCCAUGAUGGCAGGAAUCAGCUUGAUACAACCUCCACCUGGCAGCACAUCCAGCUUGGUACCACCUCCACCCUCCGACAUUCCAGUCAUCAAAGAGAUCAUCCAUUGCAAGAGCUGCACCCUCUUUCCUCAGAACCCAAACUUGCCCCCUCCAUCCACACGUGAGCGCCCCCCUGGGUGUAAGACAGUUUUUGUUGGAGGUUUGCCAGAAAACGCCACAGAGGAGAUCAUCAGGGAAGUGUUUGACCAGUGUGGGGAGAUCACGGCCAUCCGGAAGAGCAAGAAGAAUUUUUGUCACAUCCGCUUCAGUGAAGAGUUCAUGGUGGACAAGGCUAUUUACCUGUCAGGAUAUCGGAUGCGCAUUGGAUCCAGUACUGACAAAAAGGACUCUGGGAGGAUCCAUGUGGACUUUGCUCAAGCCAGAGAUGAUCUCUAUGAGUGGGAGUGUAAACAGCGCUUCAUGGCCAGAGAGGAAAGACACCGCUGGAAAAUCCACGAGGACCGCCUGCGGCCGCCAUCCCCUCCUCCCGUAGUGCACUACUCCGAGCAUGAGGCGGCACUUUUGGCAGACAGACUGAAAGAUGAUAAUAAGUUCAGUGAGGCCACAGGAGUGCUGUUCACUUGGAUUGACCGGGGCGAAGUCAACCGCAGGACUGCCAAUCACUUCUACUCCAUGAUCCAGUCCGCCAACAGCCACGUUCGGCGCCUGAUGAAUGAGAAGGCUCAGCAUGAGGAGGAGAUGGAAAUCGCCAAGGAGGCCUUCAAAAACGCCCUGAUGGCCAUUCUAACUCAAUUCGAGCAGAUCAACGCCGUUUUCACCGCCGCCACCCGGCAAAAGGCAUGGGACCAUUUCACAAAAGCACAGCGCAAGAACAUAGACAUUUGGCGCAAGCAGUGUGAGGAGCUGAGAAAUGCCCACAGUGAAGAGAUCAUGGGCAUCAGGCGGGAGGAGGAAAUGGAGAUGUCAGAUGAUGACUCGGAUGAAAUUGCCUGCAAGCGGAUGCGAGUCGAAGAAAACGGAGUGUGUGAUCAGACUCAGGCCUCUCUGAAGGAGGAGAACGACUCCCUGCGCUGGCAGCUGGAUGCCUACAGGAAUGAAGUGGACCUUUUAAGAAAGGAGCAGAUCCGAAACAGCCGGCCGGACGAGGAUUACGCACAUUCACAAACACAGGAGUCUCAGCUCCAGCUGCUGCAGCAGAGCAUGCACAGCAUGCAGCAGCAACUCUUGAAUCUGCAGGAGAAGCUGUCAAGUAAAGAAGCCGAGCUGGAGCAAGCCAGAGAGGAGCACCGGCACCUGGAGGGGGAGGUGCUCUUACUCAGAGACAAGCUGCUGUGUGGUAAAGGAGAGGUUGUAGAGUCAACCAAUGGGGAACUUCUUGACCAGAGCAUGAAUAGCUGCAUUCCUGCACUCGUCCGCAGCAGAGACAGACGGACUGAGUUCAUGAGAGGAGGAGUCGCAUCAGAAAAGGAGGCUCUGCUUCUAGGCAUCAUGUCCACAUUUCUCCACGUUCAUCCGUUUGGAGCCAAUCUUGAAUAUCUGUGGUCGUACAUUCAAAAACUGGAUGCAAAGGUGACCGCGAUGGAGCUGGAGCACCUGAUGGUCCGUCUGCCCAGCAUGUUCAAGCAGGAACUGAGUGGAGUUGGAGCCAAUCUAGAGAAACGCUGGAAAUUCUGCGGUUUUGACAGCCCCAGCACGGCGUGACGCAGGAACAGCACACACACACACAGUGAAGGCUGGUGUAAACAGACGCAGAAAACUGCAGACUUUAAAAACGUGUGUCUGUGCUGCCCACAUCCAGCGACGAGCAACUUUCCUUCAACUGGACUCUAGUAACUUUAAAAGGAUCCCAGAUCAUUGCUGAUUUUUGGACGAAGGCUUUUAAGGUGGAGUUCUUCUCCGUUCCACAUCGACCCUAAUGCUUCUGGUUUUCUGAGAUGACUGUUUUAUAGCUGGUGCACCCGGAGGAUGAAACCGGUCCAUACUGAGACUCGACUGGUAAACCAAAGUUAAACCGUCACAGAUCUCACCCUUUUUCAGCUGAUAAAGAGAAACUUUUAGUAGUUAUUGUCAAAAGUUGGACUGUUUGUGUUUUUUUCUCCGGGAUUUCCUUCAGACCAGUGCCGGCAAACAGAUUUAUCACACCGGGGUUCAGAAGGAGAAUUGCCAGAUAUUUUAUUUGCUUCUUUGCAGCAGCCAUGGCUGUGUUCCACUACACAUGUUUAUAAUAUUGACUGUCUAAACCUCCACUGUUGUGUUGGCUUCAUAUUUUUAUAUGUGAACUAUGUAGAAACAUGAUUAUUGAGGUCGUCCUCUAAUAAGCUUUUUCUCUCAGAUGUCAACUGUUUUAGCCCUGAAGGUGAACUUUGAGGCUAAAGCUGAAAAAGGCUUUGUAAUAAAUGAUCUAGAUGACAUGCAAGAAGGAAGAUGAUGGAAGAAAAGAAAUCCAUUAGUUCAUUUGCAUGGUUUAUGGUCUGACACUUUUCUUUUUCUUAAUAAAUAAUAAAAUAAAUUGUCAUGAUUGCCACGUUUAAGUGCAGCUGCACUUUUUCCUGCAAAAUGUUGCAAAUUUUUUUCGUUUAAAAAAAAUGUUGGUACGAUAUUUAAUCACAGAAGAGCAUUUUCUGUGUUUUCAUGAUUCAUGAAAAAUAAGUCCUUUACAAUCCUAAUUUAUAUUUGAAAAAUCUUUUUUUUAUUCCAUAUAAACUUUAAUUUUUUGCCAUCAAAUGUUGGUUAUAACUCAGGUUUGAUUUGUGAGGACAUGCCUUUCAACUGUCCCACUUGUUCUGAGCUCUGACUUAACCGUAAGACCUUAAGUUUUUCUGAGAAAAACAAAGCAGCUGACCGGAUUCUUUUUUUUCGAGCAUUGAAACUAAUUACUCCAACACUGUAAAACGUUUAAAUGGUCAGAAUCUUUAAAAAAAACUGGAAGUUUUAUUAAGAAGUGACUUAGAAAAGUUCACUUGUCACAUAGCUGAAGGAAAGUUUGGAAAAAUAGAUAAAAUCUAUUUGACUAUUUUUCAUCAGAAUUAGUUUUCAAAUGUUUUCUGUAUGAAAAAACAAAACAAAAAAACAUUAACCUGCUAAAAGCUGAAGAGUACUGGUGUCAGUAAGGAUCUUGGGGAAGGAGGUGGGGCAGAGUCCACAGCUCAGCGUGGGGGCGGGGCCCCGGCUUAAGAUACGGAAGACCGUUUAAUUUUGAGAGUUUGCAGCAGCGGAGUCUUCUAGAACAGUGUUUUUCAACCUUUUUUGAGCCACGGCACACUUUAACCUCGAUAGAAAUCCCGCAGCACACCAGCAUCAAAAAAAAAAAAAAA